AUGCCGUUCACAACGCCCUCUUAUAUCCCAAAACUACCUUUCGACCCUCCAGAGUCAACUCCAAUACACGAGUUUCUAUUCGGCAACGAAGGCAAAUAUGGCAGAUAUUCGAUUGCGCACUCUCGCCCGCCCUUCACUUGUGGCCUCACUGGAAGAUCGUAUUCCGCUGCCGAAGUGAAGAAUCGCAUAGAGUGGCUUUCAGCCGCACUUGCAGCGGACUUGGGCAUUGAGGUCAACCAUGGAAGCGAGUUUGACAAGGUCAUUGGGAUAUUCAGCGUCAAUACGAUAGACACCAUGACCAUCUCAUGGGCAGCUCAUCGCUUCUCGGGAGUCUCAUCGCCAAUCAGCCCUUCGUACUCCGCUGCCGAACUUACCAGGCAGCUCAAAGCAGUCAAAUGCAAGGCUCUCUUUACGUGUGCGACCCUCCUCCCCACGGCCCUUGAAGCAGCGUCCGCGGCCAACAUCCCCAAGACGCACGUCUAUCUCGUGGAUAUUCCAGACGAGGCGCUAAAAGGAGCCAUCAUUCCGGCUGAUAUGAAGUUCGUUGACCAGCUUAUCGCAGAAGGGAAGAAGCUGGCUCCUCUGCCGGUGCUGAAAUGGGAACAGGGUCAAGGUGCCCGCCAGACGGCGUUCCUAUGCUCUUCCAGCGGAACAUCUGGGUUACCGAAAAACGUCAUGAUCUCGCAUAGAAACGUUAUUGCCAAUACUCUCCAGAUCAGCACGUUCGAAUCCACCUACAAGAGCGGAGAGCCAGAGUCACAGCUUGCCGUGCUUCCCAUGAGCCACAGUUAUGCCCUAAUUGUCGCUGGUCAUGCUGGCGUGUACCGAGGCUACAAUGCCGUCGUGCUGCCGGGCUUUGACCUCGUUGAUGUGCUGGAGGCCGUGCAGAAGUAUUCUAUAGAGACGCUGUGGAUGGUACCUCCCAUGAUCGUUGCUCUGAUCAGGAACUCAGCCGUCACUGCCAAGUACAACCUUGAUCAUGUCAAGACAACCGUAGUUGGCGCCUCCAACCUCACUAAAGAAGUCAACGAACAGUUUGCCAGACAGUUCCCCAACUGUCAGCUAAUCCAAUCAUACGGCCUCACUGAGACCUCGGUGGGUGUAUCUUUGCAAAAUAAAGCAGACAUCAUGUUCGGCUCCUGUGGUCACAUCUUCCCUGGCUACGAAGGCCGAUUGAUAAGCCGCGAUGGCGACGAAGUGACGGAGUUGAACACUCCUGGUGAGCUGCUGCUGCGGUCGCCUAGCAUAGUGCUGGGCUACCUUGAUAAUGAAAAGGCGACAAAGGAGACAUUCACAGAGGAGGGCUGGUUACGAACAGGGGACUUGGUGGAGUUUCGCAAGAGCGAUGGCGGUCAUGAACACCUCUUCAUUGUGGACCGAGUCAAGGAGCUGAUCAAAGUCAGAGGCCUACAAGUUCCUCCCACCGAACUCGAAGCUUUCCUUUUGCGUCACCCUUACAUCGCAGAUGUCUGCGUUGUUCCCCUCCCCGACGAUGCUGCGGGCGAACUGCCCCUCGCCUUCGUAGUGCUCUCAGCCGCCGGUAGAGAAGAAGACGAGCGAACACUGAAGCAGAAGAUUCACGAUUUCGUUGACAGCGAACUGGCAGACUACAAGCGCCUAGCAGGAGGAAUCGAGUUUCUCGAAGCGCUGCCCAAGUCAGCAAGUGGCAAGACGAAGAGGGGCGAGAUGAAGGAGCGGGCUAAGAAGAUACGCAGUAUUCUCGUAUGA